AUGAUGACGUCAGAAGGAAAAUCUCUGCCCACCGUGAAUGAAACUCUGGACGUCUACGAGGCCGAGGAGAACUCCAACGUCACGCUGAAAUGGAUCCGUCCGGAUCCGAACGCCACGCCGCCUGACCGGCUCUACGUCGAUCUGAUGAGCAUGGAGCCGCUGAGGAGGAUUUAUCGGUUCGACAGCAGAGAUGAGACGUACACAGAUGAUGAGUUCAAAGGUCGACUGCACUGUGACCCCCAGCUGGUCAGGAAUGGAGGGAUCCGGUGUCUCCUGGCUGAAGUGAGGCUCAGCGAUGCGGGUCGGUACCGGUGCUACGUCGUCAUUGACGGAAGAAGAGACCAUAGAGACUGGGAGCUUGUAGUCAGAGCUUCCAUUCCUCAGACUCAGGAGGAAACCCAAGAGCUGGUGGAUCGCGGGAGUGAACAGGGAAUAGAGCUGGAAAGACCUCAGAACUCCACAGGUUUUAUCCAGGCAGGUUACAGGAUGAAGAUGAUGUCCAGCAUCCUGCUGCUCCUCAUCCUCAGCUCAUGUCUCUGUGCAGCAACAUUUGUAGUGAAUGUGACACAGAGCAGCUAUCAGGCAGAGGAGAAGCAGAGCAUCACUCUGGAGUGGACCUUCACCACCAAGACUCAGGGAACCUGGAAGAAUCUGUUCAUCUACUGUGAAGCGAUCACAGAUCAUGGAGUCUUAGUUCUCUAUCAGGUCCAUGAAGGAGUUGAGAUUCCAGAGUCUCAGGAUGAUCAGUUUUCAGGACGAGUCCAGAGCGACAAAGACGUCCUCAGAGAAGGAAGAAUCAGACUCCAUGUGUCCAGACUGAGGACUGAAGACUCUGGUCUGUAUCUGUGUGACGUGAAAAACUGGAGAUGGAUUCAACUCUGGAAGAUGUCGACUCAGCGUUACUGCAGCUGCUGAUCAGAUCCAAACUCAGAGACCAAGAUUGACUCCAGAACCAGAGAGACGAGGAAGGAGCAUCAUCAUCAUCAUCAUCUUCAUCAUCGUCUCUGUGGCACUGACAUUUCUGGCGGCUCUAAUUACAAACUUGAUUUUCUGUGUCAAAAAAAAAAGUAAAGAAAAACAAAAAAAUAAUCAUUUAACAAGUUUAGAUGCAAAAUAUAAUACAGAUAAAAGUUUUGUUCCCUUGACUUUGGUUGAUGAAAUUUUACCACCACAGAAACAUCAGGUUAGAUUUAAUAACCUGAUUAUUGAUUAGUAAAAUGUUCCAUUGUAAUGAAUUAUU